UGCAGCAAACCAAAACAACGUCGUAGGCUAUAUCGGAAGUGAAGUUACCUCACGUGAAAAUAUAAUUGUCUUGACUAAAAUACUGUUACCACUCCAGGCGUUGAUUUUGCAAUUGCAACAACUUGCAAGAUUAAUUGUUUUUUUGGGGAUGGCACUUCACCGAUUGUUUGUUUACGGAACGCUGAAGCGAGGGCAGCCGAACCACGAGCAAUUUGCCGCCCAAUACGGCGUGGUGAAAUUUGCAGGCCUGGCACGAACUGUGAACAGGUGGCCGUUAAUCAUUGCAUCUCGUUGUAACAUUCCUUAUAUGCUGGACAAAGAGGGACAUGGAAAUCAUGUUGAGGGUGAAAUCUAUGACGUCGAUGACAAAAUGCUGCAGCAUUGCGACGAGUUUGAAGGCAGUCCAGAUUACUACCAGAGAGUGACCAUCCAGAUACAGCUCACAGAGGACAGCGGAGGGACGAAGGUUGAUUGGGAGCCCUCACAGGACGUAAUGGUGUAUGUCCUGGGAAGCUUUAAAGAGUCCCUGCUGGAGUUGCCGCUUCGCCAGAGCUAUGACAGCAACGGAGAACACGGGCUGAAGUAUACACCAAGUGAUGAUGACAUAUCAAGCCCGGAUGAGAUCUGAUGCUUUACGGCCCAGUUCCAGAGUCUGACGCAUUUAGACAGUACGCAGUACUUCACCUCCGUGUAGCUUAAAGUCAUGAGCUAUUAUACAAAUAAUUAAAGUGUAUGAGUGCAAUGGUGCAAAUUUGUUCAUGAAUUGAAAGAUGGAACAUUCCAACUUUCAACAAAUGAAAAUAAUUGCACAUUUGCACGAAUGAAAAACAUUCAUUUCUUGUUUUAGAUAACAUCCAAGUAGAUCUUUGUUAUUUUGCGAUAUUUUACAACAGUCCGCACGUAGUGGCAAGAAUUUUCCAAUAACUUUCUUUUUCUUUUUCUGACCAAGCUACUACACAAUGUUUUUGUGAGCUUUCAUCAAAAUAUAUUGUAGUCACUAGUUACUAGUGGUACUAGACCUAGCUGAUGCGGUUAGCUGGAAUACCACCAAUGUGUAAAACCCCAACCAUGGACAAAUUGUCAACACAAAGCAUCCGCAGUCCGAAGAAUUUCAUCUUUGGAGAGGGCAAGGCCAUUUUAAUUUACUGACAAAGAAGUUUGUGUUCAUGCUUCUGUGAUUCGAUUGGGAUUUUUUUUAAUAAUGGGGUUCAUUUGUUGGCCUCCAUUAUUCAAGACCUGAAGCACCCACAGCCCAUGCAACUUCAUCUUUGAAAGUGAAAGCCAUUCUCAUUUUUCGAUUAUGCGAAUCUAUCAAAAAACCUCUUUUCAGGGCCACCAAGGCCGAGACCAGGGGCAACAGUACGCCUGCACUCAUGUUGCAACUAUUUUAUUUAUUUCAAAGUAAGUACCUCAUUUUGAGGUUUUGUUUUUCCUGAUUGAGAAAAUUGUGUAAGUUUAAUUCAAUGUUAGUUUCACAUGGUACCUCAAAACGUCACAUGGAAGUGUUUAUCCAUUUUAUGCACCAUUUAUUUCAAUAAAUAACUUGAUCAUACAUUGUUUACUCUUUUUUAGAUUUUGUUUAUAUAAAUGGCGAGCCCCACCAAAAACAGGUCACAAUAGCACCCUCAAUGGUCCUCUUUCCGAUUCUGAAAAAUAAAUGUCAAGAUCACGUGACCAUGGUCACGAUUGUUGUUUUAAAACUCUUUCUCUGAAGGGAUUUAAACAAGUCUAAAAGAUUUUUAAAAGGGGUUUGGGUACUUUUUGUAACACAAAACACAAUGUCCAUAGAUUUACACGGUUUGAAGAUUU